CGCUCGGCCAUGGGAAACCAUAAAAAGCUGAGAGAAUUGAUUUGUUCCAUCAUCUAUGUGAAUAACAAGCAAGGCAAGGCAUGUGGUUUUUUGAGGGGGUACUUUGUAAUUAACUCUUUAUCCCUUCUUGUUUUCCUUUUGGCUUUGGUUUCGUUAUUAGGACCUGGCAGACAUUGAAGGGAAAAAGUCGUCCAAGGUCUUGGAACUCUCAUUUCUGCGCAAGUGCUGUUGUAAAUUGGCCACAUUUGUUUCACUCCCCAUUGUCUCCACUCUCCAACAAGAAGUGCAGAUUAUACGGAAAGAGUUUUGAGUUUUUUGACAGCUAACAUCUGAAGUUUUUCUGGACUCUUUUCACUUCUACACCUUUCCAGCAGACCUUGAUAUUGAUAUCUGUCCAUUUCAUGCUAGUUCCAACAACUGGAUGUACCUAAUGUAGAGUAAAGUUUUCAUGCUUCGGAGUUUGAAAAUUUUAGGAAGGAUAUGUCUUCUGCCUUUACCUCUAGACAUCUCCGAUAGUCUUGGCAUCUCAAUAUCCUAGAUUUGAGGAAAUUGUAGAACUUGAUACCUAGAACCAUUAGGCAUUCUCAUCCUGAAGACCUGCACUGAGCAUGUGCAACAAAGAUCUUUACUUCAUGCAGCGGUUCUUUGAGGAUGUGAGUGGUUGAAAUGCUUGAAGCUAUAGUGUUGCAUGGGCAGCCAUUCUGUCACGUGGAUGUGAUUGACGGUUGAUGAAGGCACUGUAAGUGGAAGAUGUAAAGGGAAGUGGAGAAAAACAGGUGGAGAUCUAAUUCCACUGUAAGGACACUACAAGUUGGAACUGGCCCUUUGCUGCUUGGUUGUUUGGUCUCUGCACUAAUUUGUUAAUUUUGAAGUUGUGGCAGCAGUUUCCUCUUCCUGCAUCUUUUUAUGCAAGGGAUACACGAGUUGUCAUAGUGUGCUAUUCUGAGUGAAGCUAUGAAGCAGGAACUCCAGCGCUCCAAAUCAGGUUCAUGUAAGCAAAAAACAAAAGGAACAGUUGUGGCUGAGGCAUCUCAAAAUAAAAUGGAAAAGCAAACUAAAAUUGACAAAGGCGAGAAUAUCAAAUCCCUUUCAUCUGUAAAAUCAAAUUUGGAAAAGCUAAAUACCAAGUUAAUGACAAAAAAGUCGAAGGAAAUAAAUUUGGAUUCAGUCAGGAGCAAAGAAGAGAAAAGCCGGAAAAGGAAAAAAGAAGAUGAGCAGAAGAAACCCAAGUCAAAUAGCAAAAUUUCUCCAACUCCAGAAGCAAAGCGCAGAAAAGAGACCAAAUUGGAGCCAGAGAAGAACUCUGGGAUUAUCUCCCUAGUACAAUUACUAUCAAAAAGUAAGAGUGCAGAAAGCAGAAAACCAAAGCCUAAUAUAAAGCCCAAGAAACCAAAAGCCACUUCAGUAUCUGUAAAAACCUCAAAAAAGAAGCCUUCAAAUGGUACUGCUGCACAGAAUUCAGUUAAAAAGGGCAAGACGACUUCAACGUCUGAGCAAGGAAAGGAGGAGGAGGAAACGGAAAGUGGUAGUCAUGAAAAACUUAAACCAAAGAGCCCAAAUUCUAAUGCAGAGGCCAGGGAAAAAAAUCAUGAUUCACUUUCAAUGAGAGCCGAACCAUCAAGAAGUAAAGAUCAGACACAGAAUGCAACCCUAAAGACACCCAGGCUGAGUUCUAUUCAUCAAACACAGAUGGAAGCAGGGAAGCAGAAGAAUGCAAAAGCAACUAAACAUGAAGUUCAGUUGCCAUCCUUGGUAGAAAAAUCUAGAGAUCCGAGUUUACGCAGACUGAAAAUAAUGCGAGCUCUUGGUUUGAUCCCUCCUGCUGCAUCUCCAUUCAUGAGAACUGGUGCAGGGGUCUGAACAGACUUCUGCUUUAAUAACUAUGCGCGGGUUUUGCAACUGGGAGGAUAAAAUAACGACAUUUUGGUCCAUUGUCAUGGUGCUUUAUUCAGCAAUGUAGCUGAAAUUGUCUAUUCAGCAUUUAUUACUGACAAAGGGGUGGUGGAAGUUAUGUAGCUUAUGCCUAAAUUUUGCGGAUUUUGCAGAGUGACUAGAGAAAUUUCACCUUGUAAACUAGUCAGCAACUGCAACAAGACAUCUGUAUUGAUGGUCUUAUUGUUAAUUGAGAAACUAAAACUCAACGUGACAUUUUCCUGCAGGCUGACUCGUAAACUUGUCAAUGUGGAACUCUUAUAUUUGUGUUGUAACCUAAAACUGUGUACAUUGCAAAGAUGCUUAUCAGAGCACGACGCAUAUGCUGGAAGAAGCAUGUGAAGCUGUACCUUUUUCUUUUGAACA